CCGGUGACUGGCGCUUCCGAAUCACAGAGAAUGCAGGAGUGAUUUUAUGGCAAAUUUUAAGUCAGCCAUUUAUCAGCUUGUUUCGACUUGCUCACUGUGUGGCCUGUUUCAUUUUAAAUAAAAAGCAGUCACGGAUUGAGAUUACCUGGCACUAAGGUUGUCCUAUUAGGGGUCGCCACAGCGGAUCAUCCGUCUCCAUACCUCUCUGUCCUCUACAUCCACCUCUGUCCCACCAACUACCUGUGUGGACAUGGAAAUUGGAGAAUUGCUAGAACUGGAAAUAAUCAAGGUUGAGGAUCCUGGAUGCAUUUGGGGUCAAAUUGUGAAAGGACAGGGUGUGCAGGUCAAUAAUCCUCAAGACUAUGAGAACCUACAUGUUAAAAUGAAUUUCUUCUAUCACAAAGUCGACCUGGAUGUGAAAAAAUUAAAACCAUCGUCAUUGGAGAAGGAACAGGUGUGUGUAGUGUUUUGGCCAGAGCUAAGGAGCUGGUGCAGGGCCAAAGUGGAGUCUCUGUUCUUGGGAUCAGCAACGAGUCAGGCCACAUGCUUCUUGGUUGACCACGGAGAGCGUGUCGUUGUCAGCGUAGAUGAUGUAAGAUCUCCUCUUGAUAAGUUCCUGCAACUGCCCUUCCGGCUGCUAAGAUUCAAACUGGCUCGCAUUCACCCAAUGAGACUUAAAGUACAAAUCUGCAACAUGACAGCAGAGCUAGUUUCAUCCAGUCACUGGGACAGCUCUGCUACAAAGUACCUCCACAAUCUUCUACAAGCCUCUACAUUGGUUGAAGCUGUUUCUUGUGGAACACAAGAUGAUUGCACAGCUGUUGAGCUGUAUUUGACCAUCAAAAAUGUGAAGAUCUGUGUAAACGAUGAUUUGGUGGUGAAAAAGUUUGCAUAUUUCUCAAGUGAGACGGCUCUGGAGGAUCAGAGUGGGUGUGUCGAUCGCUCUCCUGUUAGCUUGGCCUGGGAUAUUUUCAGCAGUCCUCAAGAGAUUCUCAAAAUAAAUAGCUGCUGUGCAGUGAGGUCUGGUCCUUCACACUUCCUAACCAGGAAGAGCAUUAAUGAUUUAAUUCCAGAAAUGGAUCAUGUGAAGUCUCAAGUGACUGCUGUGAAUUCAGUUUUUCCCACUGGAGCACUAGCUGCUCUAGAAAAUGGGGAGUCUGAUGGACAGGAGAUAUUUGCAGUACAUCACAAAGGUGGAGAGACCAAGAGCACUGAAAAGGGCAAUGAACAGACUGGGGACUUUAAGGAAACAUAUACAGAGAGUACCCUUGCAGAGGAGUUGUCUGAAAAACUAAACUUGUUUAGAUUUCAGAUGUUUUUGAACCCCUUCUCAGAUUCACAGAGUAUCAAACAUGAUAUUAAUGAAGAUAUUCAAAAGUCUUCAAGUGAAACUUCCAGUGAAACAGCAGAAGUACAGAAUGACCUCAGUAGUACAAGUGUCAUCCCAACCAUGCAGAAGGAACCAACUCUCAGACAAGAGACAGAACAAACAAGCAACACAGGCCAAUUUGCUUGUGACAGAUUGCUACAGUUGCUGAACCCAGAUCCAAUAAACCCAGACCAAGAGUCACUUGAUGAUAAUGUUACAUGCUGGAAACCGAACAUGACUGGAGUUUUGGUGCACUCAGCUGUCUCCAUCAACCCCUGUCGAAACAUGACCCGGGCUCCCAUCACUGAGCAAUUCCGUAAAUUUCUGUUUAGGAGAAGUUAUACAGGACCAGGUCUGGCUGAGAGCUACUGCUGGCCAUCUGUGGCUCGAGGUUGUGACACAUUGCUGAUAUCCCACCGUGGAGAAGAUCCUCUCACCUAUAUCCCACCUCUGUUGACUCAACUGCAGUUAGCCUCUUUGCAGAGCAUCACCGCACACACUGGACCCAUAGCAGUGAUUGUGUGUCCGGGUUGGGAAAAGGUCGGGUCAGUGCUGGAGCUACUAGAGGAGAGUCAGGCAGCAGUGAAUCUUCAUCCUGUUGAUGUCCUGGUUGGUGAAUGCAAGAAUGAGGCUGAACAAAUCAAGAUUCAGAACAACUGUCAGUUGCUAGUUACCACCCCAUUUAGCCUGGCAAGGUUGCUGGAGGUGCAGUUCUUCCACUUUUAUAGGCUCUGCCACCUGGUUCUAGAUGAGGCUCAUGAGCUCAUCUCAAGAGCUCCCGAACAGAUGAAUGCCAUUUUACAACAUUACCAAAAAGUGGUGUCCAGAGAGGAGAGAACUGCGUGUGUGCAGCAGCUUGUUGUUGUUUCCAGACAAUGGUGUGGAGAGCUGGAGACUGUGAUCCGGAAUCACAUGUUUAACCCCUGCAUCAUUAUUACAGUGCCAGAAGAGGCAGCAUUAUACGGUGCGGUUCAACAGACAAUACUGAUGUGUGUGGACUGCAAUAAGACCUCACUGCUGCUCAGCUCUUUGGAUUUCAGCCCCUCUGUUCCCCAGAAAACCCUCAUCAUUACUAACUCUACAGAGGAGGUGGAGCAUGUGUAUAAGGCUCUCAGCAGCAAAGCAGCAUUCUCUCUCAAAGUUCACGAGGGACUUACUCACCAGUUUGAUGUUGUGGUUGAGCAGUGGAGGAAAGACAUUGGUCCAGGCACACAGGUUAUCUUGGUGACCACCAAUGAUUGCAUGAGGUCCCUGGGUAUCAGAGACGCCACAUGCGUGGUGCAUUAUGGUUUUCCCAGCUCCCCUAAACUGUUUGGGAACCGGAUGUUCUGCAUGCGAGAGAAUUUUCAGAAUCUUGUCUGUAAGAAUCAGUUUGAUGGCUCCUCUCCUGCGGCACGUUCUGUGUUGCUGAUCUCGGAGCAGAAUGCUCGUCAUGUGUCUGGUCUGCUGCGCUAUCUAAAGCGUACAGACUCUCUACUGCCACCAGAGCUCAUGCAGUUUGCCCAGGGAGUCCAACAGGCCAAGGAACAGUGGAAAGCUGACCGACCUCUCUGCAGCUAUCUAAAGACCCUGGGCUUUUGCAGGGACAGCUUCAUGUGCCCAGACAGACAUAAAAUCAACAAAUUUCUUGACUGUCCCCAACACCUAGACUCUGGGACUGUUUUAACUGCAAGUGUUUACUAUGGACGUAUCGUGGACCAGAAGGAGAACGGUUACGAGAAACUUGCUGCUGCAAUGAAGUCACACUACGCUAAAGAACGGCUUUGUGCAAAGGAAGUGAUAGAGGGAGGCUUUUAUGCAGUGCAGGAAGAUGAUGUAUAUCAUAGGGUGUGUGUGACCAAGGUGCCAGAAAAGGGACGCCAGCUGUUCAACAGUGUCAAAGCUCGGUUUGUAGAUGAAGGACGUAUACAAGAAGUGAAGUCAUUUGAACUGCUGCAGCUUCCCCUAGAGUUCCAGAGCUUGCCAGAUCAGGCUGUUGAAAUCGUUCUGUGCAGGGCCCAACCCAUUGAUGGAGAGAUCGACUGGAACCCAAAGGUUACCCGAGCUAUAAGUCAGAAAAUCAAAGGAAAAAAACAUCAUGCCAAGGUGGUAAUGCGUUUGGGCAACACGCUAUGGGUCGAUCCGAUGGUAUACAUGACACGUAUGCCAGGCCUAAAGAUCUUUAUAAACGAGUAUAAUGUCCAUUCAGAGAUUGUUGCCACUGGGAUGGGAACCAUAAACCCUAAGCAUUUGGAGAUGCUCAAGUUACUGUGCCAAGGAGAAGAGGCUUCUGCUGACGUGGAGCUUAGUGAGAGUAAUGGAUGUGAAAGUGAGGUGGUGACACUGGAACAGAGGGUUCAGGUGCAGAGUGCAGAAGCUCACACCAGUCAAAUGAAGAAUGGAAUCAAUAUCUCUGAACAUUCAGAUACUAAACCAUUACAGAACCCUGAAAAUACAAACCAUAUCACUGAACCUAAUGGAAGACAAAAUAAGGACUCUUUGGAAACCUGUCUAGAUGCUGAACACAUGGUUGGAUUUUUACCUCAGAACUGGACCCCUGCUCUUUCUAACAGCUCAGUUGAAGACAACUGUAAAAUAAAAAAUGAAGCCUUACACACUGGCUGUAGACAAGAUAUUCCUGUACCCAAAAGUUCUCACCCUCAGAUAAAGUGGUUUCAAGACGAAGAGUCUGUCACUCUUAAAAUCAAGCUUAUAAACCCCAUGAUGCAGAAGUGUGAAUUCUUCUCUCUCCGAGUGCUUUACAGUGCCUAUGUGAACAGUGACCAUUACAGUGCCAGUCUUGAGCUGCACAGUGAGAUCAGAACACAGCAGUGCUCAUGGCAGAUGGAGUGCAAUGAACCAGUAAUCAGACUUGUGAAGAAAGAGAAAGGAGAAUGGAAGACACUACUUAAAUACAAGAGUGCUUUUGUAAGCUAUGAUUUUGACCACAUUGAAGUUGAAGAGCCUUCUCCUUCAAAUGGAAGUUGGUUCAUGGGAAACACAGGAGAAGAGGGCUUCUACGUGACCUCUGAGAGUGAGAGUGACUGAACAGACUGAAAAUGGAUUAUACGCCUACAAUGGUUGUAAAAGGUCUACACCUCAUGUUGAAUUUGCACGUCCUUGUGAUAUGACAAAAAGAAAACAUUGUCAUUAAUAACAUUACUGACUGUUGGGACAUGUAUGCACCCCCUUGAACUAAUUCAGUGAUCUUUAGAAGUAUUAUUUUGUUCUUGUUAUAGCAAUUUUGUUAUUUAAGUUUGGAUGUGGCUGUGUUUAGAAUGAACCGAUGAGAUUUAAUCUCAUGUUCAAAAGUUGUUGUUAUUCAGCUGUCAUCAAUGCAAUUAUUUUUAUUUAUCUCACCUAAAGAUCUAUUGUUUCUGUAUGAUAUUUUUUGAGGUAAUUUUGAAUUUGAUUGCUGCAACAUGUCUAAAGGAAUUUGGGAACGGGCAACAAAAUGCUAGAAUAGUAAGUGUUAUUAAAAGAAACAGCUGGAGGAACAUUUUGCAACUAGGCUAAUUGGCAACAAAUGAGUAACAUGAUUGGGCUUAAAAAGUGUAAAUUUUGUCUACAAAUUGUUGAACUAUUUCAGAAUAAUGAUUUACAGAAUCAGGAGAAAUUCACAGGCACAGAUGCCUGUGCUCUUUUGGCUUUCAGGCAGCACUGCAGGGGCUCAUAAACAUCUCCAGAAAUUAUAUAUAUAUAUAUAUAUAUAUAUAUAGAUAUAUAGAUAGAUAGAUAGAUAGAUAGAUAGAUAGAUAGAUAGAUAGAUA